AUGGAGCACAGUGUUGAGAUCACUUAUUCGCACGCUUGGGAAGCUCGUGAGUUUGCAAUAGCAGCUGUUAGAGGUAUACCAGAUGAAAGUUAUGCUAAAAUACCUAAAUAUUUGCAUAUGAUCAAAGAAGCUAAUCCUGGUACGCAUACUCACUAUGAAACUGCUGACGAUGGGAGAUUCUUGUAUCUAUUUAUGUCGUUUGGGCAAUCAGUUAGAGGAUUCUACAAUACAAUGCGUAGGGUGAUCGUUGUAGAUGGAACGUUUCUGAAAAAUAAAUACAAAGGAGUUCUACUUGUUGCUACUGCUGUUGAUGGUAACUCUAAUCUGUAUCCGUUAGCAUUUGGAGUUGUUGAUUCAGAGAAUGAUGAUUCAUGGGGAUGGUUUUUCAGACAAUUGAAAGAGGUUGUUGCUGACUCCAACGACUUAGCUUUUGUUUCGGAUAGAAAUUCAUCAAUCGCUAAAGCUAUUGCCACUGUCAACCCUCGAUCAGCACAUGGAAUUUGCAUUCACCACUUGCUGACCAAUGUGGUUAAACAUUUUAAGGAGAAGGGGUUGACUGCCUUGGUCGAACAAGCUUCAAAGGCAUAUAGGUACACUGAAUUUCAGGAACGUAUCACCGAAAUUUUUGAUAUGAAUCCUGAGCUCGGAAGAUAUCUACGGGAGGCUGAUGUGCGAAAAUGGGCUCGUUCUGUCUUCCCUGGUUCCAGGUAUGACAUUAGGACCACAAACCCCGCAGAAUCCAUAAAUUCACUUCUGAAAAUACCUAGAGAAUAUCCGGUUAUUCCUUUACUGGAUAGUAUAAGAGAAUUCAUGACUCGAUGGUUCUACGAGCGUCGCCUGUUAAGCUCUAAACAUCUUGAUCCUUUAACCGUUAAGGUGGAGAAAAAGAUUGAUAGGAGAAUUGUGAAGGCAAAAGGAUUUCAGGUUUACAAGAUUGACAACUUCAGAUCGCUUGUGAAAGGAGAAAAGUAUGAUUGUCAUGUUGAUUUGGGUAGAAGAACAUGCACAUGUGGGAAGUACGAUAUAGGAAAAAUACCUUGCAGACACGCCAUUCCUGCAAUUUAUUCACGAGUAAGGGAAGUACACAGUUUUACUGAUGAUGUAUACACCACUGCAACGUGGAGAAAAGCCUAUGAGGAGUCCAUUAAUCCAAUAGCAGUCCCAGAGUCUGACUGGAAUGUCCCAGCAAAGGUUAAAAUUACAAAGGUGUUGCCACCAGAUUCAAGAAAGAGUGCUGGUCGACCCGUGAAGAGAAAGUAUGAAACAGUAGAAGACAAGAUUAAAGCUUCUCAAGGAUCAAGUAAGAAUAAAAAGCACAAGUGCAGCCGUUGUGGUAACGAAGGACACAAGAGGGGAACUUGCGAUUUACCCAUUUAG